AUGCAAACGAUAGCAUAUUUGAAACUUAUCCAGCAUGCCUCGAAGAACGAUUACAACCACCAAAAGGCAAACGCUGCAUAUGAGGAAAUACGAAAAUGGUUUGUGUUUUACUGUCCGCAGUGUCCUAUCAAUGAGAUACCCUCGUAUUGGGAACUGUACUCCUUAGUCGAUGAGAUUAGAAAAUUGAGACCGGCGCUCAGAGAUGAAAUGUUUGAUUCUUGUGUUACUCCUCAGAAGAUGUGGGUACAGAUAGAUACUGUAAGAAAAUGUGCGUGGUGAUGUGAGGGAGAUACUGACUAUGCAAAGGAGACUUCUGGAGUAUCUGCUCUCGAGCAUAAUCCUACAUAUUUAGAUACAUUUUUCCUUCAGUUACGAAGCGGGGAUAUUCCCAUGCCUAAUACCAUUGAUGUAUGUCCUAGUUUUCCUUCUUGACGAAACUGAUGAACUUGGUCUUAUUUGAAAUCAGCAGUUUUGGUACAAUGCCAGUAUUGCGUCAGAAAGAGACAAACAGAGACUCCUCGGAUGGUUCUGGAAAUACUGCCCUCAAUGCGAACCGGAAGAUGAACCACCAUUACGACUUCUAAUUUUCCAUAUUCACAAAGCCAAAGUAAGUUUAUCAUCUUUCAUCACAAACGUGCCAUUGAUGAAUAAAACCAGUCACUCUUGGGAGCAAAAGCUAAGCCAGAAGUCGAAAUGGAAGAUUCUAUACCGAUUUUCCAACGCUUUUCCAUGUUUAUUAAACAGGGCAGAAUUCCACUCUCAACUCUUCCAUUUUGGUAUUACCCCAGACCUAUAAAGGCAAAAGAUCUCACAUGGCAGCAAGCAGCAGAACUCUUAGUAUGGUGUCAAAAGUACACACCAAACUUAUCUCUUACUGAAACGCCACUAUGUCCAAAAGAUCUAGGUGAAGUGAUUGCAUCCGGUAUAGAGCAUGUGAUAAGUGCCCUUGAACGCAUUAAGCAGCGUUUGACGACAGCUCUCGAGGAAAGUACCGAGAUACCUAUCAUUUCCGAUAAUAAAAAUAAUCAAGAAAAGUCAGAGGAUAAUACCACGUACAUCAAAGCUAAAUCAACCCCUAAAGACUGGCACCAUGAGUGGACUGAAAAAAUACCAUUUAUAGACCUGAAAAAUAUCCAAAUCGAAAAAGGGUUCUACAGCACAGGAGACAAAUAUCCCAAAACGAUAUUCAAUCUUAGACUCACUACGCGCAAGUCACAUACCAAGAAGAGAAAACCCAAAUCUCUAGCUACAUAUACAACAGAAGAUACAUGUCAUUCAAAAGCAUGCACCUGGGCCGAUGUAGACGAAGUCUGGAAACGUAUCCAAAGCGAGCAGAGUAGCUACUAUGACGGAAUCGAACAUCCCAAAUUUUGUUUUGACGAUACUGAAGUAAAGAAAGUAAAUACGGAAUGGAAUGAAAUAAGCUGGUAUGGAGUUGUUGAUUAUCCCAGUUUCGAUAUGCGUUUUCGAAAUGUGGAGGAAGUUCUCGAUUUUGAGCGUGGUAUGGUGGUUAUUGAUGAGUUUGCUUGGUAA